AUGUACGCAACUGCUGCCCGAAGGUCUGCCCAUUUCACCUUGGCCAAUGGUGCCGAGAUCCCCAAGCUGGGGUUCGGCACCUGGAAGAUGAAGAAGGAGCAGGCUACUCCCGCUGUUGCUCAUGCCAUCAAGACUGGCUACCGUCACAUUGACUGCGCUUGGGCAUACCGUAACGAGGAUGCCGUCGCUGCAGGUAUCAAGAAGGCUGGUGUGCCUCGAAACCAACUCUGGCUCACUAGCAAGCUCUGGAACAGCUUUCACGCUCCCGAGCACGUCGAGAAGGCUCUCGAUGAUACGCUCAAGGACCUCGGCACCGACUACCUCGACUUGUACCUCAUGCACUGGCCAGUAGCCUUCCUCAACUCCAAGGGCUCCAUGAUUCCCUCGAUCCGCAGCACCGGCGGUCACCCCGUCGAGAGCGAAGACCUCUCUCGCGACUUCAUGGCCACCUACCGCGUCAUGGAGGAGAUGGUCAAGAAGGGCAAGGUUCGCAACAUUGGCGUCAGCAACUUCAACAUCCGACGUACCGGCGAGGUCAUUGACGAGGCAACCGUCAAGCCCGUCGUCAACCAAGUCGAGGUCAACCUUGGCGUUCACAAUGAGGAGCUUCGCAACUACGCUCACGCCCACGGCGUCACCCUCCAGGCCUACUCGCCUUUUGGCUCCAGUCAGAAUGUGGCCAAGUCGCUCGAGGAUCCCGUCGUCGUCGACGUUGCCCAGAGGAACAACAUUACUCCCGCCCAGGUCUUGCUCGCCUGGACGCUCGGCAGAGACAUUAUCCCCAUCAGCAAGAGCGUCACGCCCGAGCGUAUCGAGGAAAACUUCCGCGCGCUCGAAAUCCAGCUGCCAGAGGAGGAGAUCAAGCACCUCACCAAUGAGGCGCUCAGCCGCCCCAUCGAGAGGACCGUCGACCCGACCGAAGGGUGGGGCGUCGCCGACGAGAUCUUCGAGGACGGUGUCGAUCAGACGCGCGAGAUGGAGCUCAAGGGAGGCGUCUACACCCCACCACCUGCCCACGAGUCGCCUUCCGAGCACCGCCUCGAGCCACGCAACGAUCCAGAGAACCCCGCUCGCAUGUUCCACACCGCAGCACACCCUCUCGCCUCGUCGUCGCGCAGCACCCUCAGCAGCCGCCGACCCACCGCCGUUCAGGCCAAGUCGUCUUCCUCCUUCUUCCGCAGCUUUGCCACCACCAGCCGUUCCGCCGCCGUCGCCGAAACGGCUCCUCCCAGCACAUCCGAGGCACCUGCCGUCAGCGAGAGCCCUCUGCUCCGCAGCACCGCCAAGUCGGCGCUCGCCACCCCCGGUCUCAAAUUCGUCGACGGAGAACACAGCAUCGAGAGAGAAACCAAAAAGAUGAACAUGUACACGGUGCGUAGAAUGUCCACUUCGACCACAUCCCGAGCUUCCGUUUCCGCUGCCCCCAUCACACCAACCACCGCCACCUCGUCGGCAGUCAAGGUGGCGCGAAAGUACCCGGCCAAGAAGUCGUUCCUGUACCAAAAGUACCAGCGCUUGCUCACAGACAGCCAGAUGGUCCUUGUGCUUCAGCACAACAACCUCUCUGUUGCCGAGCUCGCCAAAGUGCGUUCGGACAUUGCGGCCAUCAAGCUGCCCGAGGGUCAGACGGCCAAGGCUUCGCUGACCGUUGUGCGCGCCGGCCUGAUCAAGGCGGUGGCGAAACAGCUGUCGCAUGACAACGCCACCAUGGAGUCGUUGCAGCCUGCUCUGAGCGGUCCGAUCGCCUUGCUGACAUGCGAACAUCUCACCCCCGCGUAUCUCAGUGCGCUCUUUAAUGUCGUCGACAGAGCGCUAGGCCACGCACCUCCUCGAGCGCCCGCUGCGGGGACCAAGUUCCCGGAGACGGCGGUGGCCAACCCUAGGUUGGUGCCGUUGGCGGCGGUGCUCGAGGGCAACAGGCUGCUCCAGGUCCCUCAGACCCGAGACGUGGGCAGGAUCGGCAGUCUGGACCAGCUCAGGUCGCAGAUUGCGAUCCGCGAUGCUCAAGCGCACAUCCUGUCAUCCGACCCCACAUCCCUCGUUUUUGGAGAGGAUGUAGCGUUCGGCGGCGUGUUUCGAUCCACGAUGGGACUCGCGGAGACGUAUGGACGGGAACGGGUGUUCAACACACCACUUUGCGAGCAAGGUAUCGUCGGUUUUGGGAUUGGAUUGGCUGAUAUGGGACACACCGCUAUCGCCGAGAUCCAAUUUGGGGAUUAUAUCUUUCCAGCUUUUGAUCAGAUUGUCAACGAAGCUGCGAAGUACAACUAUCGUAGUGGGGGACAAUUUGGGGUGGGGAAGUUGACGAUCAGGGCACCGUGUAUGGGGGUGGGACAUGGAGCGUUGUAUCAUUCACAGAGUGUGGAGCAGUUCUUCAUGGGAGUACCUGGGCUGAAGGUGGUGGUACCGAGAAGUCCGAUCCAGGCGAAAGGAUUGUUGGCGGGAGCGGUGAGGGAUGAUAAUCCGGUGGUGUUUUUGGAACCCAAGAUGCUGUACAGGAGUAGUGUCGAGGAGGUCCCACUGGAUGAUUUCACUCUUCCCCUAAGUGAUGCGGAAGUGGUGGUGGGGGGCAAGGAUCUGACGUUGAUCUCGUGGGGUGCUCCGCUGUACGCCUGCGUAGAAGCACUGGACAUCCUCAAGAACCCUCCCAAGUCGAUCGAGAAGCACUUCCCCGCUUCGGUCAGGGACGCAAGCGUAGAGGUGAUCGACCUUCGCACCAUUCUGCCUUGGGAUAGGGAGACGGUGGUGCAGUCGGUGGCAAAGACAGGAAGGUGCGUCGUGGUGCACGAAGCACCAGUCACGGCGGGGGUGGGGGCUGAAAUCGCUGCCGAGGUUCAGAAGAACUGCUUUUUGAAGCUCGAGGCUCCCGUGAUGCGAGUUGGCGGCUGGGAUACGCCGUUCCCCCACGUGGGAGAGCUGUUCUACAAGCCGGAGGCGGUGAGGAUCGCUGAUGCGUUGGUCAAGAGCUUGACCUUCUGA